ACAAAAUAACCUCUCCACGUGGCCACACGAUCAAAAUGUUCCACAGAAUGAACUGCCGAGCGAGCGAUUUAUGUCUUCGACGAAUGGGUUUACAUAGAUUCCUUGUUCGCGCUGUUUCUUCAAAUGGUUUUUUUACGAGUCGGAAUCGAGAAAAUCACUCAAUGUGGUGCUUCGAAAGGAAUAGAUGGAAAUAUCUUGUAAAUUUACAGAAAAGAUUCCUGCAAGACGGAAGGACAAAGGGUGACAAUAUUAUUCUUAUGGGAAGUCCUGGUGCAGGAAAAACUUCUGUUGGAAGAAUCCUUGGGAGACAUUUGCAGAGGGAAGUUCUUGAUAUUGAUGAUGAUGUCUUGGAGAAGGUGUGGGGAAUGACAGUUGCAGAAAAGUUGUCUCAAGUGGGCUCUGAUGGUUUUGUUGAAGCAGAGGGGCAAGCAUUGUUGCAGUUCUUUCCCAACAAUGCAGUUGUGUCUUUGAGUGGGUCCAAUCCAAUGCAUGCAGCAGCCAUGGAUCACACCAGAUCACUUGGAACUGUUGUGUACUUGGAUGUGGCAGAUGAAGAGAUAUUGAAUCGUCUGGCUGCUAUGAAAGUAAACAGGAUUGUUGGACAGAAUGAAGGUAUUAGUAUGAAUGAAAUUCUUCAGUAUCGUAAACAGUUUUACGAAUCUAGCUAUGACGUUCGUGUCAUCUGUGCCAAUGGAGACUCCAUCGAAGAAAUUGCCAGCAAAGUUCGGACAAGUUUGGCAGAGUUAAGCAUCGAUCAGGGAUUUACAAGCACAAGACAGGAACACUCUGACACUGGUGACAGUCCAGGAUUUUUACGAGUGGUGUUAGAAGGACUGGCGCCCGACGGAGGACUAUACGUACCCAAGAAAAAGAUACCACACUUUACUGAAGGUCAAUGGGAAAGGCUUGUAGACUGUAGCUACCAAGACAGAGCUUUGCGAAUUCUAGAAACAUGGAUUUCACCAAGCGAACUUCAUCCGUCAAGUUUGCGCCAAAUGGUUUACAAGGCUUACUCCAGUAAUUUCCAACACGAAGGAGUUGCCCCAGUUGUCAAACUUAACGAGCAGUUCUAUCUACAAGAACUAUUCCAUGGACCUACCGCCUCUUUUAAGGACAUGGCUUUGCAGUUGACACCGCAGUUUUUUAGCGAAGCUAUCUCUCGAACGUGUUCCUCUGAUGAAGAUCUUAAACGUCUCAUUCUCGUUGCCACAUCAGGAGACACGGGUAGCGCGGUGCUGGAUGGUUUUAAAGAGAACUUUGAUACUGAUGUCCUCAUUCUCUACCCAGAGGAAGGUGUCAGUUCGAUCCAAAAGGCGCUGAUGGUUUCGUCUGAUGGUCAAAAUAUGCGCGUGAUCGGAGUGAAAAGCGACUUCGACUUCUGCCAAACUGCAAUUAAGACAAUCUUUAACAAUAUGUCGUUUAGCAAGAAACUAGCAGAGUCGUAUGGUGUACAACUGAGUGCGGCGAACUCUAUAAACUGGGGAAGAUUAUUACCACAAGUUGUUUAUCAUGCCUCGGCAUAUUUGGAUCUUGUUCAAUCUGGAGUUAUCUCCAUGGGCGAGGAGGCCGAUUUGUGUGUACCAACAGGAAACUUUGGCAAUAUUCUGGCUGCCUACUAUGCAAAGGAAAUGGGAAUACCUCUCAAUAAUCUGAUCUGCGCUUCCAACGAAAAUAACAUUCUUACAGACUUCUUUCACUCUGGUUCUUACGACAUGAGUAAACGAAGGAUUCAACAGACCAUCAGAAACAGCAGCUACUUUAAGAUGUCCAAAUUUCUGCCAAAAUUGUUCAAAUCAAGUGAUCGUAAGAACUGGAGGAGAGACAUGUUGAUUAUUCCUCGCCCAAACGAAGUGACCAUUUCGACAGAAUUCACCCGUGGUCUUGGCAGGCGACUUCCUUGCUACGACCUAAGCGAAAAUGUCAUCAUUGUCAAAGCUGAAGGAAAAUCAAUCACUGCUGGAACAAGUAGCUCAGAUGAAGGUAGUCUUCAGCUCAAAGAGAAGUCAGAACGCGGUUUGAUGACGCCCGUGGACAAAAACCCUCCAGCUGAGAGGAAGGAAACACUGAUGAAAUUAAGAAAGAGACGUCCUUCAGGGUUUAAAGAAUUCGAGAUUGCCCUUGGAUCGCAGGACUUAGAGGAAGAGGUUGCCUUACAGCUGUGGGAGGACAUUUUCAAACCGUUGCGAAGCAGUUUUCAAGGAGGAAAAGAUUGCUUUGAAUAG